UGUGAGUUGGCAUGAUGGUGAUGCGUUGUUGGCUUUCAGUUUUGCUUUCGCUUUACGAGUUCUGAAUUUCCCUUUUCUUCAUUCGUCCCUUCCAUGCAAAGCUCAUCUUCCGUUUUGCCCUUUUUCUCUCUCUCAAAAUUUUAUUCUUUUUCACAUUUUGGAUUCAUGCUUAUUGUCUAAAUCCCUUACGAAUUUUGAGUUUCACUUUGCUCCAACACAACUCAAAGGGAUGUUUGACUUUCAUGGUUGUUAUCUCCGUGGAGUUGGGAUAUAGCAGGAAAAAAAGGAUUUUUAACAUGAUUUUUAGAUCAAUUUCCUCUUUGAUGGGGUUUUCUGGAUUCUAAGAGACUGAAUUAUAUCUGGAUUCUAUUCUGUGUUUGUACAAAGAAAUGAUUUUUGUUACACGAGAUAAAUUGAAUCUAUAUUGGUCGAUCGAGAGGGUUCUGCUUUCAGAAUUAUAGCUUCAAUUGAGAAAAGAGAGGAAUCAGGUUUGACUUCUAUGACUGAACUUGAGGAUUGAACAAUUAUGGGAUGUUGUUGCUUGGUUCAUUGAACAUUAUUGGGAUGUGAUAAUAUUUGGGAUGAAUUAUAUCUGAACUAUUUGGAUUGAAUCUCAAAUGGACUUACCAAAUUGUAAGCAUUUGACAUUCUUUGGAGUCCAUUUGAAUUCCUUGGCUGGAAAAUGUGUGGGGUUAGUUGUCAUUGCUUUGUUCGUGGGAACUGUUCUGCUUCCAACAUUCUCUGGACUUGGCGGGGUCAUUCAACACAACAAUGUUGUCCUUAUCCACAACCGAUCAUUUCCAUCAAAUCAAGCCGUAAAACAGAAGUUUUUAGAAGUUCCUCAGAUUGUUUGGGGAUUGAACAAUCAGAAGAUUGCUUUUGCUAGAGCUUGUUUGACUGCACGCAUGCUCAAUCGAACACUGUUGAUGCCUAAAUUGAGUGCUUCGCUGUUUUAUAAAGAAGUCGAACUUUUGAAGCCCAUUUCCUUCGAUAAGGUCUUCCAAUUUGAAAGAUUUAAUUCCGUUUGUAAAGGGUUUGCCCAAUUGAGUCGCUAUUCAGACGUUUCAAAUCAAAGUGAUGUUAUCGAACUUCAGAAAGGCAGCGGACGAAGGUGGACGUUGGAAAAAGAUUUUGAGCAGUUGACUCAAUUUAGUAAGCAUCCAUAUGAUGCACAUGAGAUUGUUCGUGUAGUCGGGAAGAACCCAUUUUUGUGGCAUGAUCAUUGGCCGGCUAAAGACUAUGCGAAGGUUUUCGACUGCUUAGCUUUGGUAGAGGAGAUAUCUAGAGAAGCAGAUAAAGUUAUCUCCAAGAUUAGAGAAAUAGGAAUGGAGGUGAGAAGUAAGGUUCUGAUGUCAAGCUCUUCAUCAGAGUCAGUUCCCUAUGUAGCUGUGCACAUGAGAAUAGAAAAGGAUUGGAUGAUUCACUGUAAGAAGCUGGAGCAGAGAUUAAACAUUAGUGAAAUUUGUAGUAGUAAGGAAGAGAUUAUGGCCAGAGUGGGAAACAUCCCGGGUCUUAAAACCCCUGUAGUUGUUUAUCUUGCUGUCGCCGAUACUCUUCUUGAAGAUGAUACUGUCUUGAAUGGUUGGAAGGACGGAUUGCUUCCUUUCGAGAAGAAAAAACUGGGUGUUUUUGAAAUUUACAAGAAGCAGCCAUACAUAUUUCAAUCUGCUAUCGACUAUGAAGUUUGCUUAAGAUCUGAUGUCUUUGUAGGGAACAGUUUUUCAACGUUUUCUAGCCUUGUUGUUCUUGACAGAACCCAGAAGAUGAUUAACAUGGGCGAUACAAAGUUGUGUGUUUCGGAUGUUAGGUGGCCGUCUUAUGCAUAUAAUAUAAGAGGAAUGGGGGAUAGCCCUCAUCCAUGGGUAACAAACAUGUCCGACACUAGCUUGACGGCAAUUAGCUACGGUACCAAUCACAUUGCUUGCUGAGAUGGCUUUCAAGGCGUGAAUUACGUAUUGUUUGUCAACCUUGGAUAUGCAUGGAUAAGGAUGCAAAUGUUUGGCCGAUGUUGUGAUCGUCAAGUUUUUUUGGUUAAGGAGAUAAGUUAUACAAAUUCUUGAGGCUUUGUGGGGAUUCUGAAGAGUAGGUAUACUUUGCAUUUCUGUAAUUACAUAUCUCAGAUUUUGCAUUCAUUUUUCUUGAUAUGUUACAGCAACAUGUUAAUAGAGCUUAAACUUUUGCUGGUAGUUCUGUAUGAUAUACUCUCUGUUUCUCAUACUGAACAAAAGAACAAAGAAAAAGGGGGAAAAUAGCAAGAUAUUUGAUGAGCAUCUGUGUUGUCAUUUGUCUUCUGCUCUUUGCAGCCUGCAGCUGUGAGAUAUUUUAGGCUUUCUGUUAACAGUCUAGUAAUAUUUGAUGUCCUCCAUGAGAUAGUGAGAAGCUUCCUUGUCAUUGUUCCUUGAGCCGAGAGUCUAUCGGAAACAACCUCUCUACCUUCACGAGGUAGGGGUAAGGUCCGCGUACGCAUUACCCUCCUCAGACCUCGCUUGUGCGAUUACACUGGGUUUGUUGUUGUUGUUGUUGUUGUUGUUCAUGAGAUAGUGAGAAAUUGAAGGCCAAAUGUACUGUCUUUUCAGUACUUUAUCACCAUAUGACAACUAAAUGAAACACGAAGUACAUUGUGUAUGUAGACCACACUCCACAGAGAUAAGGAAUAAGAGAUUUGAUGUUUUAGGCCUCAGUGCUUCAUUGUUUGCUUGAGCCUAAAAUUUCCUGCCACAAAUGGUCAUUGGUUCCCUUGCACUAAGCUAUCCAAUAAUUUGUGUAAAAAAAUGAUUGUUAUUUUCAGUUUUAACUGUUUUAUAAUGAGACUUGCAGGUACUUCCAACGUAUUCGGUAUCAAAUUUUGUAGAGAAUUCUGGUUUUCUUGUUUCAUGCUUUUUAUUUAGGAAUCAGAAUUCUGUAUCUUGUAUCUUUCAAAUACUAGUGUAUGUUUACUUGGUGGAUUUUUUUAACAUCGUCAAGAGGAAUUUGACCUUUAA